AUGAGUACAAAUGUGAAUCAACCAGCGCAUUGGUCGCAUUACAUUCAAUUUAUAAUAUUCUAUUAUGGUUGUACGGGUACACGUUGUUGGACUGCGUUAAUUGCCCUAAUUCUACUUAUGGAACGAGCACGUAGUCUGUGCUUUGUAUUACGACAUCAAUUCUAUAUUUAUGCAACUGGUUUUAUAACUCCUGCUGUUGCAAUUAUCAUACUACUGUUUACUUCUUCCGGUCAAACAGUGAUAGAUAUUAACCCAGUUUUUCAAUAUGGUACAAAUCAGCUCAUCAUAUCACUUAUAGUCUUAGUUGUCAAUACGGCAGUGACUUUGGGAUGUUUGAUUACAUUUAAACGAAUGGAACCGCCUGUACACGAUUGUUAUGAGAUUCGGGAGACAUCUACGGAGGGAAAUAAACCAUCUGAUGAGCUAUCUCAUCAGUUAAACGAUGAAUCUAGUACAGGACAAGAAAUCAUUAGCCUACAACAUAUGGAACAAGCGACACAAUCGAAUUCAGUGGUUUCAGCAACCAAUACUACAAGUUGUAGUCAUUGCAAUCCUGCCAAUUGUCUUACUUUAUUUGACUGUGGAGAUUGUCCAGGCGGUAAACAAAAAUCUCAGCAGCAUCGACAACAAUCUUGUGAUUACACAGGAUUUUGUGAUUAUUGCAACCAAAAACAGCGAAAGGAGUGUGCUAAGAUUAUUGCCUGUUACUGUGAAAAUCAUCAGCAAUCUACAUCAUCAUCAUCAUCAUCUGUACCCCCAAGAAAUCAACAAAUUUCACUACAAAGUGAAUUGGAUAGUAUUCUAACCCAUGGAAAUGGUAUUUGCUUAUGUACAUGGAGACUUGUACACGAUGCUCCCACAGGUAUCUACGUAGUUCUCGAAUUCAUGGAUGGUUGUUUAAAUUCCGGUCAAGGCGUAAUAUUAUUUGUGCUGUUUGGUUUGGAUACAGAUUUAUUCAUUUUUCCAUUGAAACGUUUUUUGACACGUUGGUUCAGUCAAUUUUCUGGUAAACUAUAUCAUGGUACAUUUUUAGAGUCAUUAAAUAAAGAAAAGAUUGAUAAAAAUGAAAUUGAUAAGAUUGUUAAUCAAUUUGUUAAAUUCCAUUUACAAUCAUGUUCAAAAAGAAUUGGUCAUAAGAAAAUUGUUAACUCAAUUCAUUAUGAUAAUGUAUUUUAUCAUUUUGCUCUUGAAGAUUGGUUAAUUGCUGCUGGUAUUACAAAUACUCAUGAGAAUGCUACAUUCUAUAUAAAAUGUCUUGAACUUGGCAAUAUUAUUGUGUGUAUUUCUCCUUUAGUGAAUACAUCUUCAAUGAUGAUGAUGAUGAUGAUAAUGAGUAGUAGUGAUUCACAACGUUUAUUAACAUUUACUAAUUAUGCUUGGGAUCUACAAAAUAUAACCUAUUAA